UUCAUCCCGAAAUAAACGUGAACGCCAAGAGAAAAAUGAAGAAAAGGUUGCUGAGGAGGGGAAGAAAGCUGAAGAGACAGAAAAGGCGAAAAAGGAGCCUCUGGACCUACUGAGGACGAGGACUGGUGGUGCCUAUAUUCCUCCGGCUAAGCUGAAAAAAUGUCAUCCGCGGAAAGUAGGUUACCACGUUGUUUUUUGUUUACUUUCCUUAGGGUUACUGGUACGAUCUUUGAUGCAAGCUCAAGCUUUUUCACCCGUCUUCUCUCACGUUUAUGCCGCUUUUGUGGCUGUGAUCAACUCCAAGUUUCCUCACAUUGGAGAGCUGCUGCUGAGGCGAUUAAUUGUUCAAUUCAAGCGCUCGUUUAGGAGAAACGACAAAGGAACUACGGUCACGGUCUCAAAGUUCAUCGCUCACUUGAUCAACCAAAGAGUGGCUCAUGAGGUGCUGGCUCUGGAGAUAAUGAUUCUAAUGAUGGAAACACCGACCGAUGAUUCCGUUGAAGUAUCAAUUGCUUUCAUCAAGGAGUGUGGUGCGAAGCUUCUUGAGGUAUCUCCUCGAGCCUUGGAUACGAUAUUCACUCGCCUUCGCGCAAUUGUGCAGGACGGCGAUGCUAUGAACCUUGACAAACGUGUACAAUAUAUGAUAGAAGUCGUUCUGACGAUUCGUAAAGAUAAAUUCAAGGCAUAUCCCGCAGUUCUCGACGAAUUGGAUCUUAUAGAUGAGGAAGAUCAAAUAACUCACACAAUUUCUCUUGAAGAUGCCAUCAAUCCUGAAAAUGAACUGAAAAUUCGCGCUGAAAUCAUUGGCGAUGAUGACGAUAGUGAAGACGAAGAGAGUGAAGAUGAUGGAAUUGGAAGCGGUGACGAUGCAGAUGGUGCUCCUACUUCGACAACCGGAACGACGGAAAUAAUCGACAACACGGAACAGAACCUUGUCGCAUUCCGUCGCGAAGUUUAUCUCACCAUACAGUCGUCGCUCGACUUCCAAGAAGCCGCUCAUAAACUUCUCAAGAUGCAUAGUUGUUUUCAGGUGGAACUCUGCCAUAUGCUGGUGGAUUGUUGCUGUCAGCAAAGAACAUAUGAGCGUUUCUAUGGCCUCCUAUGCGAAAGAUUCUGUCGGCUUCGUAAGGAGUACCAGAUAACAUUUGAGAAAAUUGCGUGUGAUACCUACGCAACUAUCCACAGAUUUGACAUCACAAAGCUGAGGAACAUGGCACGACUUAUCUCUCAUCUGCUUUUCACGGAUGCGAUAUCGUGGACGAUUUUCACUGAUGUUAAGUUAACCGAAAACGACACUACCUCAUCUGGUCGUAUUUACUUAAAAUAUGUCUUUCAAGAAUUGUGCGAAUCAAUGGGACUUACGAAACUGUACGAACGGGUGACAGAUCCAACGUUGCAACAAGCCUUCGCUGGUUUGUUUCCUCGUGAUAAUCCUCAGAACACACGGUUCGCAAUCAAUUUCUUCACUCUCACUGGUCUUGGUGGUCUCACACUUGAUCUACGGCAAUUCCUAGAAAAGGGCAUGAAGAAAAAGAAGGAAGAGUCCAUUGAUGAAUCGGCAUCGUCGUCAUCAUCUUCAUCGUCUUCAUCAGAUGACUCUAGCGAUAGUGAAAGCGACAGUGACGAUGACGAUGAUUCAGGUAUGUUGCCAUUCAGGGGGUGA